UUAGUAACAUGCAGGGGCGGACUGACCAUUUGGAAACUUGGGCACUGCCCGAGGGCCCAGGGUCAAUAGGGGGCCCCAUGAUAUGCCCCUGGUACCUUUUUCAUAGGCUUUUUUGAGUUUGGACAAGGACAUAGGGGCCCCAUGAUCCCCUAUUGCCCGGGGCCCCAUGAAAUUGUCAGUCCGCCCCUGUGCCCGAGUUUCCCAAUGGUCAGUCCGCCCCUGGGCUUGAGAGGAUCGAAGAGAGAGGUUUGGUUGAUA